AGCAAUUAUGUUACAAUUGUAUAUUAAAACCUGGUUUAACUAUUGCUGUCAGCGUGGGUAUUGUGAGAGUAACGAAAAAAAAAAAACUUGGUAACUUAAGUGUUUAGUGGUUUAGUAUAACCGUGCGUCAAGCGCCUGGAGGAGGUUUGUGAUAUUUCUGAAUAUUUCACCAGUCUCGCGGGUGGGCGGAGGCAUGGAACCAAUGAGAUGAGAUGGUCUGCUGAAGCUCCGUCAUUAUUAUUCGCCUGAAGAGAGACGACCGAACAGCGCUCUUCUCAGAAACCGAGAGAGCUCGAGUAAUUAUAAAGUUCAAUCAGUAUACAGGAUAGCGCGAGUAGAAAUGCCCGAGAUGAAUUCAUUUACACUGGGUGCUUUACAGAAGCACAUCACCUCUGUCAGCAGCGCAGGUUACAGUUUUCUCCUGGAAUGUGUAUAAUGAAGGUUACUGGGAAAGAGGAGAGCAGAGAUGUCGGUGCCUUUGCUGAAAAUUGGAGUAGUGCUCAGCACGAUGGCGAUGAUCACCAACUGGAUGUCGCAAACCUUGCCCUCUUUAGUAGGUCUGAAUAAUACCAAAUUAAGCGUGGCACCUCCGGGAGUGCCGGACCGGAGCACUGGCGUGCUGCCUGCUAACCCAGAGGACUCGUGGCAGGUGUACAGCUCAGCUCAAGACAGCGAGGGCAGGUGUGUGUGUACUGUUGUGGCUCCUCAGCAGACCAUGUGUUCACGGGAUGCCAGGACCAAACAACUGAGACAGCUCCUGGAAAAAGUCCAGAAUAUGACUCAGUCCAUCCAGAAUCUUGACCAGAGGACCCAGAAAGACCUGCAGUAUGUGCAAAGAAUGGAGGUGCAGUUGAGAGGCCUGGAAUCCAAGUUCAAACAGGUGGAGGAAAGCCACAAGCAGAAUAUCGCCAAGCAAUACAAGGCCAUAAAAGCGAAAAUGGAGGAACUUAGGCCAAUGAUACCAGUGUUGGAGGAAUACAAGGCCGAUGCAAAAUUGGUUAUGCAGUUUAAAGAGGAGGUCAAGAAUCUGACAUCAGUGCUAAGUGAACUGCAGGAGGAGAUCGGGGCCUUUGACUACGAGGAGCUUCACAACAGGGUGUCUAAUCUUGAGGAGAGGCUUCGUGCAUGCAUGCAAAAAUUAGCUUGUGGGAAGCUGACAGGGAUAAGUGAUGCUAUAACCAUGAAAACAUCUGGAUCAAGAUAUGGAUCCUGGAUGACUGAUCCGCUUGCCCCUGACGGUGAUACGCGGGUGUGGUACAUGGACGGUUACCACAACAACCGCUUUGUCCGGGAAUACAAGUCAAUGGUCGACUUCAUGUAUUCGGACAACUUCACCUCACACCGGCUUCCUCACCCCUGGUCGGGCACAGGACAGGUGGUCUACAAUGGCUCCAUCUACUUCAAUAAGUUCCAAAGUAACACCAUCAUCAAAUUCGACUUCAAGACAGCCACCAUCAGCAGGUCCGGUCAGCUGGACUACGCCGGCUUCAACAACCGUUACCACUAUUCCUGGGGCGGUCACUCCGACAUUGACCUCAUGGUGGACGAAGGUGGGCUUUGGGCCAUCUAUGCCACCAAUCAAAACGCAGGGAACAUUGUCAUCAGCAAGAUCAACCCACUGACCCUGCAGGUCAUCAAAAGCUACACCACCAACCACCCAAAGAGGAGCGCUGGUGAGGCCUUCAUGAUCUGUGGGACACUUUAUGUCACCAACGGAUACUCAGGAGGGACAAAAGUCUACUAUGCUUUCCAUACCAACUCCUCUACUUACGAGUAUAUCGACAUCCCCUUACAGAACAAGUAUUCCCAUAUCUCCAUGCUGGAUUAUAACCCUAGGGACAGAGCUCUUUACGCAUGGAACAAUGGACACCAGGUGCUGUAUAACGUCACCUUGUUCCACGUCAUUCGCUCUGAGGAACUCUAAAUGACAUUCUUCAUCCCUUUGAGACAUACAGUAGCACUGAUGAAGUUUAUUACUGAAAAAAAGAGUAAUGCCUGAUGAUUGUUCAAUAAAAUAAGACAAAAAAAUGUAUCAAAAGUAAUAGUUAAUGGAAACAUAAUGAACAGCUGCCAAAAGUCAUUUUUCUUUUGUAAGCUUUCCUUAGAUAAUUGUAAUUGAAAUUUUCACUGCAAAAAAAAAAAAAAAAAAAAAAAAAAAUAUAUAUAUAUAUAUAUAUAUAUAUAUAUAUUAAUUAGUAUUUUUGUCUUAUCCAAUUAAAAUAUUGAAACAUUCUUAAAGGGGACAUUAGAUGCAAAAAUCACUUUUACAUGGUGUUUGCAUAUAAAUGUGUCUUAGCAGUGUAAAAAUUCAUCCAUUCAUUCCAUUUUUAAACCGAAAAAAAUCUGAACAGUUUUGUUGUUGUUGAUGGUAAUGUGCCACAGAAUAAAAAAAUAAAUAAAUAAAAAAACAGAAGAGAGGGGCGGGGUGAGCAGUAGCUCAUUAUCAUUUAAAGAGACACACACUGAAAGGGGUCGCUGUGAAUAGAGCUGUUUUUAAGAAGGUAAAGGGUCUUGUUUUACAUCAUCUUUGAGGAUUUCUAACCAAAGUAUGUAACAGACAUUUCAUACAGAGCCUAAAAGUCAUACCAACUUGUGCAAAAUGGGCAUCUAAUGUCCCCUUCAAAACAAGAUCAAUUUACUUGAGAAGGAAAAUUGCGUAAAAUAAUGUUGUUAAGCAAUAAUGGUUCUUCUAAAAUGCUUAGAUUUAUUCUUAAAACACAACACACAUACACACACACAUAUAUAUAUAUAUAUAUAUAUAACAUUAUGUAUUUUUCAAUAUACAUGUUAUAUGUUGAAAUAAAUACAUAAUAUACUUAAUUAAUGAAAUACUAUAUAUUAUUUGAAAGCAAACCCAAUUUCACUUCAAGUAAAUUUAUGUUGUUUUAUGUUUAGGUUUCUUUAGAUAUUUUAACUGCAAAACAAAAACAGUGAUUAAUGAAAAGAUUUUUUACUGUGUUCUUAGUACUUGUACAGCUUUAUCAACAUGAAUUAGUUACACAGCAGAGGGCAAAGACAUGUGACGCAAGAAAGAUGUCAUUUAGUUACCCAGUUAUGUCCUUUGUAUCGAGAGCAAUCCAAACUAUUUAACAUCAACUAAAGAACCGGAGGCACUGACUGUUGGAGGCACUCUGUUAAAGAACUGCAGCGUGUUGUUGUGACUGUAUAUAAUUUCUGAUUUUCGCAAAGAUUUGCAUGAUCAUUUUUAGCACUACGAAUCACGAUUGUAUUUAUGUUUUAUCGCAGUAAUAUGAACCUUGUGUGUGAAAAAGAGAUUAGAUUAGUGAUGGGUUUGCUAUUCUUCUUGCCAUGUUUCAUUUUUUGCUGUAUCUUUUGUUUUGUUUUUUAAUUUGUGUUUAUAAAGUGACUUUAAAUAGUAGGAUGGAUUGUAAGAAAAAGACGUCAAGAGUAUAUAUAUGUAUAGAUAUAACUUGUCAGCAAAAAAUAGGUAUCAAAAGACAAUGUGAAAAAAUGUAUUUACAAGGUAUUAUUCUUUGAGUGUAUUUCAAGACAGAUCCAUGUGUCAGCUGAUAGAAGAAAUAGAUGGCAUCAUCUAAAACUGUUACGCUUGCAUCCGUGUUGUACUUGCAAUGUGAUUCAUAUCAAUAAAGCCAGUCUUUAUUUUA